AUGCAACGCGCUCUUUCCCAAGCGAAAAGCGCCAUCUCCUCAAUCAUCCGUGAACUGCGCGCAUCGAUAGCCCGUCCAACGAGUCCCCGCAAUCUCCCAGAUCCACAAGGUAUCCGAAGUAGUGACCUAUUCAAUUUCGAAUACAAGAUGCCCUCCCUGAAUCCUGAUUUCGGCAUCGACGAGAGCUUAUUUCCAGUCCUGCCUGAUAUAUCUUCGCCCGCUAUAAAGCAGCAGGUGUACACGCAUCGCAGCUUUUAUGCGAGGCCUACGCAUAUCUUUGAAGAUCACCCGGAUGACCCGAGUCCUGAUAACGAGAAGUAUGAACAUCUGGGAGACACAGUCAUUGGGCUGUCGGUGACCAGCUUGAUGUUCGAAAUGUACCCUGGUCUUCGUGUUGGUCCUUCCACUAAAAUACGAGCAAUGAUAGUCGGAAACUUCACUCUGGCUGAAAUAUCCCUGCGAUACAAGCUUCCAGACCGACUGCGCCUCCACCCGGCUCAAUCUAUCACGUUGCGUGCAUCUACCAAUAUCCAAGCCGAUGUUUUUGAGUCGUUUGUAGGCGGGUUAUACCUCGACCAAGGCCUCGAAGCCGUCAAAGCCUGGCUCAACCCGCUCUUCCGGCCCUUCGUAACAGCCGCAUACCGAAUCGUACGCCAACAACACGGUCUACCACCUCUCGCCACCCCACCCCCCUCCGCCUCCGCCUCCGCCUCCCCUUCAUCCUCAUCCUCACCCUCCCCAUCCCCCAUCCACCCCGACCCAUCCACAACCUCCAUCGGCGCAACAAUCGGGCACCUCGCCCUCUUCAACCAACAGCUCCAGAAAAAUAACCGCCAAGUCGAGUGGGUGUACUCGGACGGCGGGGAGCUCUCCGUCGGUGGUGGGAAUGGGUACUGCGACCCUGGGGUUCCUGCGCAUUUGUUGGUGAGGGGGACGCAGACGACGCCGGUGUGGUAUGUGAAGGUUAUGGUGGAUGGGGAGUUUUAUGGACGCGGGAGGGGGAAUACGAAGAAGGCGGCGAGGAAUGAGGCUGCUAAGGAGGGGUUGGAGAAGAUGGGGAUUGUUGUUUGA